AAUCAAACCUUUGGUGGAGAUAAAAACGAUACAUGUGGGGGGGCCCAGCAGUAGUCGAGGGUGAGUUACCUGGGGAGACGCCUCAUUUGCUCAAGGAGGUCUCGAUUCCAUCUGCAGGAUCUAGUGGUCGAGUGAAUUGAGGUAUGGCGGAUGACGAACCAUCAUGGGAUUUUGAGGAUGUGCCAGCAUUGCCGGAAGAACCGCCACCGGAGGAAGCUCCAGCCGCUGCUACAGGGCCUGCUGCCAAGAAGCCGGAGCGGCCCAAAUUAGAUUACUCGGUCUUCGCCAAAGCACCGAAACCCAAGUAUACUUUACACUGGGUCCGACCUAUAAUCCUUGGCUAUCGCUACAUUACUGAUUAUAGGCAAUUUUACUAUAAUGACGUGAUCGACUGGCUGGACAAAAGGAAUCGAGGUAUCGAACGCGACCCACCAAAUUGCGAGGAGUGGUCCGAGCGUGCGUUCAAGAUGUACAACGCAAAGAAUGUCAACAAAAGUGUGAAACAAACAGCGGAUUUGCGAUGGAUAACUUGCUACAGAACUGUGCCAAGAUACUACAGUUACCACACACGAGCCUAUUACAGUCUAAAGUAUCAACCGAUUCUCUGAGUUCACCUUCAAUGACAUCCGAUCAAUCACUUCCUCAUCUCUCUUCUCUCUUUUACUUUUGUCCCUCGCCCAAUUUCUGCCCAAUGCUGUGCCAAUACUCAAUAAUAUGCAGUUGCAAGCGGAGAAGAAUAUCGCAAAAAUGCCUCACAAUUGCUCUACAGGUAACUAGAGAGCGCAAUUGCAUUGUAGGAAUUUUUAUUUCGUAAUUCAAGGAGAAAUAAAACCCGAAGCAUUUUUUUCGUUGAUUUUUUUUCUCCGCUUGUGGACGAGAAAACCGACUGACUGUUACCACUCGCUGAUGUUUUAAAUAAAUUGUAUUCAAAUUCAACAUCAAAAUGCAUCUUGAACGAGUACAAUGUCAACACUUUAAUGUAGCAAUGAACUGAUACACGAAAGGUUUUUUUUCUUCGUUUGUAUUCAUAAUAAACAACUAUGAAUAACUGUCA